UUUUGUGAUAGCUCAUAUGUGAAUACAAAUAUAUACGUUAUUUUAAUGCCUAGUCUUUGUAUUAAGUAUAGUUAACCUUUAUUAUAGUUGUUUUAUUUAAAACAUGAUGCAAGUGAAUAUUUAGUAAGAAACGUGACGAAUACAUUUUAAUAAAUCUAAAAUAAGCUCAAAAUGUAUAUACAUGCAAAUGUGCCUACCUAAGUUCAGUGAUAGUUGCUUAUCAACGAAUAUAAUAAUUACAACCCAAUUUACAUUCGAUUUCUACGUGUGCAACAGUUAAUAAAAGUACUGCCAUCACUUUUAUCUCUAAAGAUAAAUUAACGAUAAUGAUCCAUUUAUUGCAAGAAAGCUAGCCAUACAAAAGCACCGGUCACAGUCGCAAGAAACCUCCAUAUCAUACACAUAAAACAAAAAUAGUACGUGGAAGCAGGAAGCACAGAGUUAAAGUUGUUCUUAAUGGCAUCGCUAGCCCGCACAUGGAUAUCUUCCAUCCAGAGUUGUCGAAUGUGGCCAACACUAAAACGCUCAACUGCACUUCACUUGCAGGUCAAACGUCACUGCCACUUAAUAAAUGGAGCCCAACGACAAACAUUUGCUUAUAUACGAAGUCGGAUUUUGUCAACUACAAAUACGGUUUUACUACCCACCAAAGCGUGUCUCUUAUCACCCCGACAGUAUUCCCGAACAUGUUUGCGAUUGUCAGUGGCGACGCCAAUGUUAUUGUGUAAUAGAAAUUUUUGCAUAGUCAAUAGAAAAAAUCGCACACUUGACAGCUGCUAUCGCGAGCAUAGUCAUAAGUGUUUUUGCAAUUACGAUUUGUUGUCUCAGUAUUCACAUUUGCAACUCGUUCAGCGGCUGGGAGAUUGUCAACGAGUGCAGACGCGUUGUAUUUCAAGUGACUUUUCUAAUUUAACCAAACAAAGCUUCGGUAGUGAAGUUAUGGACGCACCAGAAGGCGUAUUUCGCGGCCGUGUUGACCGUUUCAAUGGGAUACUGGUAGACUCGGAAAAAGAAUACGAUGAAGCCGCAGAUUUUGCCAAGAAACUACAGACCUCAUUAGACCAUUGGAUGUCUAUUAAACGCCGCGCCAUUUGGUUUACAGUGCAGAAAGAGCAUGCCGACUGGGUGCCACAUUUAGCCAAGGCCGGGUUUGAUUUUCAUCAUGUCUCUACUGCCUCUUCUGCUAUUGUAAUGAUUCGUUGGUUGCCGAACGACGAAUAUGCCAACAUACCAACCUUCUGCCACACUAUGCUCGGUGUGGGCGGUCUUGUUGUAAACGAUAAUAAUGAGGUGCUAGUAGUUAGCGAUCGUUUUGCGUUGAUCGCUAAUAGUUGGAAAUUGCCGGGUGGUUAUGUUGAGCCAGGUGAGGAAAUCGUUGACGCCGCUAUACGUGAGGUAAAAGAGGAAACGGGCAUUGAUUGCGAGUUCCGCACUGUGAUCUCCAUACGGCAUUCCCAUAGCGGCAAUUUCGGUUGUUCGGACAUGUAUAUAGUGGUGGCAUUGAAGCCACUCAAUUUGGAUUUGUGUAAAUGCGAACGUGAAAUUGCCAAGGUGCAAUGGAUGCCAGUGGAGGAAUAUUUGCAGCAUCCGGACGUGCAUCAAACAAAUCGUCACUUUAUGCGCACCUAUUUGGACUAUAAUAAACGUAAUAUACGUUUUACAUACGAACGUGCACAGCAUCGGGUAUUGAAACGUGAAUACACUUUGUUUUAUAUGAAACCGAUUGAGGAUAAAAAGGAAAGUGACAAAGUCUAGCAGGGUAAUGGAAUGUGAUAGGGCCGUAAAGAGUGAACACAGCUACACGUAAUAACUCACGAAGUGGCCUUUGUAGUUAGACACAUGUACAUACAUACGUAAUAUUAUAAUACAAAUUUUAAUUUUUUUUACGAUUUGUAAAAAAUACCGGCUAAGAUGAAUUUAACAAAUACGCUAGUAUUGAAUAAAAUCCAACCAAAUAUGGCAACAAGAA